GUCAGUGGUCGGUGGCUGCAGGAAGGACGGCAGCCUGGCAAGCUAACUCAGGAGUCUCUGAAGAGGACGACUGUGAAGCUGAGCGGCUUUUAGUUCAGGCGGGACAGAAAUCGCCUGGUUCCGGAUUUCAUGGUGUAGAUGAGGACCAGCAGGCACGAUUUGGCCACACGAGACACUCAACAUGCAUCGAAUAACGGGAAAAUCUGGAGGGGACAGUCUGAUUGAGAUGAGCCCCACAGAAUCUUUCAACGAUGAUGUAAAUGGCUACCACCAACACGCCUCAUCCAGCACAGGAUCCCUCCAGCAGGGACAAUCAGCGUUUCAUUUUACGCCUGAUGUGUGUGAAGAGACCUGUGAGUCUCUCAGUACCAGCCUAGCCUCCCUGGCCACCUCUGACCACAGCGACAGUCCACACUUUCAGGCUCAGACCUUAGAGCAAAUCAAUUCUUUGACUGGGCUCUCGAGAAAGCGGGCUCUAUUCCUGAAGUUUCGUUCAAGGAUUGACAAACAACAACACAGUAAAGACUCAGUGUUCUUCCGUGAUGGAAUGCGCAGGAUUGAUUUUGUUCUGUCCUAUGUUGAUGAUAAAGAUGGUGAGAGAAAACAGGAGAGGAGGAAGGUGUACGAGGCCAAUUUAGAGAAAGUUGGCCUGGAGCUGGAGACGGAAGAUAAAUCAGAGUCAGAUGAUGGAAAGACUUACUUUGUGAAGAUCCAUGCUCCAUGGGAAGUGUUGGCAACGUAUGCAGACGUACUGAAGAUCAAAGUCCCCUUCAAGGCCAAUGACAUCCCAGACAACAGCGAGAUGCCCAUGAACUGGCUGUCCACCCCCUUUCGUCUGCCAGCGGAAAUCAUGCACCCUGAGCCAGACUAUUUCACAGCUCCUUUCAACAAGAGCAAGUCGGACUUCUUCCUUAUCGACAACAAAGACACAUUCUUCCCCCCUUCCACUCGCAACAGGAUAGUCUACUAUAUCCUGUCCCGCUGUUCAUACUUCCGAGAUGAAUGUGGGGACAAAGACAAAAAGGGAAUCAAGAGGUUACUCAACAAUGGGACCUACACUGCUGCCUUCCCCCUACAUGAUUGUAGAUACUGGAAAAGAUCAAGGGAUGCUAACUGCGAAAGUGAUCGAUACAAUCUCUACAAAAACUGGGCCAGAUUCUUCUAUUUCUUCAAGGAGCAGCCCCUCAACCUUAUUAGGAAGUAUUAUGGAGAGAAGAUAGGUAUUUAUUUUGCGUGGCUGGGUUUCUACACUGAGAUGUUGUUCUUUGCUGCAAUAGUAGGGACAAUUUGUUUCGUCCACGGAUUCCUCACUUACGAUGACAACGAGUGGAGUAAAGAAAUAUGUAGCGAGGAAAUUGGAGGCAACAUUGUCAUGUGCCCGCUGUGUGACAAGAAGUGUGGCUACUGGAAACUCAACUCAACAUGCAACUCCUCAUGGCAAUCACACUUAUUUGACAACGUAGGAACAGUGUUUUUUGCCAUAUUCAUGGGGAUUUGGGUGACGCUGUUCCUGGAGUUCUGGAAGAGGCGGCAGGCCCGUCUUGAGUAUGAGUGGGAUCUGGUCGACUUUGAGGAGGAGCAACAGCAGCUGCAGCUUCGGCCAGAGUACGAGACCAAGUGCACCAACCGCAAGCUGAACCGCAUCACUCAGGAAACGGAGUGGGUUCUUGAAAGGACUGCUACAGAUCUAUUGGGGAAAUUGUUUCUGUGCUGGGCCACAGUCAUCCUCUGGAUCUCAUUGAUCAUUGCCUGCAUUAUUGGGGUGAUAGCGUACCGCCUGGCGGUAUAUGCGGCCUUCGCCAGCAUCAUGAAGGACAGUCCAACCACUAACCUGCAGGUGGUUGGCCCCUACAUCACGCCACAGCUGGCCACCUCUGUCACCGCCUCCUGCAUCAACUUUGUCAUCAUCAUGGUCCUCAACCUCAUGUAUGAGAGAGUGGCUGUUUGGAUCACUGAUAUGGAAAUCCCAAAGACCCACCUGGAGUAUGAGAACAAACUGACGGUGAAGAUGUUCCUCUUCCAGUUUGUCAACUACUACUCCUCCUGCUUCUACGUGGCUUUCUUCAAGGGCAAGUUUGUUGGCUACCCUGGAAAAUACACUUACAUGUUUGGCGAGUGGAGCAAACUGAGGAAUGAAGAGUGUGACCCUGGUGGCUGUCUGAUUGAGUUGACCACCCAGCUGGUGAUAGUGAUGACCGGUAAACAGGUGUGGGGCAACAUCCAAGAGGCUCUGGUCCCGUGGUUGAUGAACUGGUGGGGCAGCAGGAAGGCACGAAACCACCCAGAGAGUCUGUACAGCCGCUGGGAGCAGGACCACGACCUGCAGGGCUUUGGGCAGCUGGGCCUUUUCUACGAGUACUUGGAAAUGGUGAUCCAGUUUGGUUUCAUCACACUCUUUGUCGCCUCCUUCCCCUUGGCACCACUGCUGGCACUUAUCAACAACAUCAUUGAGGUUAGAGUGGAUGCCUGGAAGCUCACCACCCAGUUCAGACGUCCCGUGGCAGCCAAGGCCCACAGUAUCGGGGCGUGGGAGGAAAUCCUCAGUGGGAUUGCCGUCCUCUCUGUUGUCACAAAUGCAUUCAUUGUGGCCUUCACCUCUGAUAUGAUCCCUCGGCUUGUGUACAUGUAUGCCUACCAACCAAACGGUGAGAUGAAUAUGAAAGGCUACAUAAACAACAGCCUGUCAGUGUUUAACAUCUCUGAGAUCCUACUGGACAACAGACCUGAGGAAGGGGAGAACCCCUCCUGGUUCAACAGCUCCAUCACUACCUGCAGGUAUCGUGAUUACCGCAAUCCGCCUGACCAUGAGAAGAGGUACUUCCACACUAUGCAGUUCUGGCAUAUUUUGGCUGCCAAGCUGGCUUUCAUCAUUAUCAUGGAGCAUGUUGUGUUCUCUGUCAAGUUCUUCGUAGCCUGGAUGAUCCCAGAUGUUCCCUCUGAUGUGAGGGCUCGAGUAAAGAGAGAGCGCUACCUGGUCCAGGAGUAUCUCCAUGACUACGAAGUGGAGAAGCUGAAGGUCCAACUCAGCCAUAACGGCAACAAUGAUUGCACCUGCACGCCCAUGAUCUAUCCAUCUUUGCCCCAACAUGAGGUGCUGUCAGAGUGUCUCUAGCCCAGCGAGCCGCUGGUCAAUCAGCUGGACAUGAUGCCCUGCUUGUGUAUUGUGAUACUGACCAUCUCUUUGCUGCAGUGCCUGAGUUGUUUGUGCAGCAAACACAUACAGACAACCUUUAUUAAGAACUAGAGGUUUCCUCAAUUCACAGCCAUCCUUUCUCUACUGAUCUGCUGAUAGUGGAAGUGCACACAGGUGAAAGAGCAAGUCUCCAUGCAUGCUGAAACUCCAGGCACUUGAAUUUAAAUGUCUGUCUCAUAUUUAUGGCUUUUCACUCUCUAUGUUGUCCUUAUAGUGCUGAGGAUAAUCACAAUUUUCUGUAAGGAAAGAAAGAGGAAAUCUUACACACUGUGUCUAAACCAGACAAUUUGGUCUGGUUUUCAUAUAGGACUAUUUAUUUAAGUGCCACCAUUAGUAACCAAAGACUGGAUGCCUUAAUAUAUCACACACGUAUCACUGAUAUUCUGUAUCUGCCAGUAGAAUAACAAUAUUAUUUGGAAAUGAGAUCUUGCUUGUAUUCCGGUUUGGAUAUUUCUUUGUUUAUAUGUACAGCGAUAUGAACGGUUCCACUGUCAUGUACUGUAAGUUUACGUUCAACUCGAUUUAUUUUGUUUUUACUGCAACAAAUGUGAGCGUUGUUUAUUUGACAGCAUUGAGGUCAUGGCAAGGAUGUAACAUACUUUUACCAAAUUAUUGUCCUCGCUCCACUGGCUGUUCAGAUGCCUGGUCACAUUUUGCUACGAUCUCAUAACAGCCCGAGUUGCUCCAGGACAGAACCUGACAUGUGAAGUAGGUUUUGAUGAAGAGAAACCUGUGCUGCUGUUACCACUGUGAGUAAGGGUAGAGUUUGUCCUGUAAUGGCCAGUUGUUGAGCAGACGCAGCAGCAGCAGCAGCAGCUGGUGCAUGUUGACUGUUGACUUGUUCCUGGAGAUGGGAAGUGAGAGUGAAGAGAUCACUUUUUAAUGUGCCUCUGUUUACCAACACAUUGGCGCUAAUGAAAGCCUGCCCCCACCUACUCAACUAUGUUUGCUCCAUUACACAAAGCACAUCAGCCAUCGCCUAGUUCUCGUGCUUCUGGUUUCCUCAGCUGUGUCUGUGUAGAGAAGGAAAGAUACACAUUCUUUUUUUUUUAUUUUGCACAAAGCACUUAAUGAAAGCUGACUACCAAGGCAUAAACAUGUCAGUCUAUUUGUUGUCCUGAAACUACUUAUUCAUAAUCAGUGUUUUCAAGCAGCAAUGUGUGAUAGUCUUUGUUGAUUUAAAUGGAACAACAGUUGUACUGUCGUAAGAAGUUAAUUGUUCUGGUUUUGAUAUUUAUAUUGAGCUUAAAUGCCAACAUAGAGAAACAUGUAGCUUUUUGUUUUGAGAUUAUAUCAGGAUAUUUCAUGUUAAUUAAGCUGUAUACACAGAAAUAUGUGAGAAGUAUUGAAGUAUUUGAAUUUUAUGUAAAAAAACUGAUUGGUUGUGCUUCAAACUCUAAAUCUUAUGUUGGUUUGAGAUGUGUGUAGAUGUGACCACUUCAGCUGAGAGAAAUGUUGGACUGUUCCACUUUGCCUUUUUCAUGGCCAGCGCUUAGCUAAACUGAUGCCUAUUGAUGCCUUAAUACAUCUAAUUACUUUGUGUUUUUUUUUUUAAUCUCCUUUAAAUUAACUUUUUUCUUAUGUCUAUCCUCUUUCAUCAUGUUGUAGUAAUAUUUUAUUUUAUACUGUUACCAUACAUGAAAAAGGUGAACCUGUUUACUGUAUGCUUAAAGUUACAAUUUCAUGUUUCCAUUCAUUUUCUUCUGUAAUUUUUCCAAUUGUCCUAUAUCCCAAACGUGUAAUGCAACAAAGACAAUUCUCCAAAAUAAAGUACCAGUUCAACUUGA